AUUUCAUAAGAGAACAAUGGAUAUUCUAAAGACCAAUGAUUUACUAUUUUCUUUGUAAACAAACAAGGAAACAACAAAGUAAUGCCAAAAAUAUUAUUAUAUUCUAGAAUUCUAUUAGAUUGCAUCUGGGAUACUGGUCAUGAUUUAAAAAUCCAUGCAUCUUUCUUGGUAGUUAAUUAUAUCUAAUCAAUUAAAGAAAUAAAAAAAAGAAAAGAAUAUAAUUUACUUGGACGUUUUCUCGACAGUUAAGAUGAUAAUUAAUUAGUCUUUGAUUUGAAUGUGUUCUCCAUGUUAAUUUCUUUGUGUAAUUGUGCAUUUCAUUGCAUUAUAAAUACAUGCUCUGCUCUCUAUUCUUUUUGUACAAAUCCAGAGCUACAAUUUGUUAAUUAGAGUAAGUUUCUUCCACUCAUCUGCGACAAUCGAUCGUGAUUUCUUUAUUUCCGCAUAAAUGUCAAAUUAUUUGGGUUUUUCUGAUUAUUUAGCUGAAGAACUUUUCCAUCAUCAUCACCCUUAAUUACUUCUUUUUUUAAAAAAAAAUUAUUAAAUAUAAAUUGGAAUUCUCACUGUUGUUAUUGUGUUUCUGUUCGGUACACAAUUUGAUAUAUCAUAUCUAUGCAGAAAAGAGGUUUUAUACCUUAUUGUUGAUAUCAAGAAAACCUUGAUGGUACAAUCUUUUAAUAUAUAUGAGAAAAACAAAACCCAUUGCUAAUUGAUAUAUAGAUUUUCUGGGUUUUGCAGCCUUGGAUUGCUGAUUUUUACGCAUGAUUGAUAGUACAACUAGCUGGGUUUUUCUAAUCAAUUGAUGGUGAAAAGUUUGAGAAUUGUGCAUGUAUAUAAUCAUAGAUUAUGUAUACAUAUAGAUGUUAGAAUUUCUGUUUCUUUAUUUUAUUACACGUAACUUCUUGGAAAUCACCAUUUUUACCUAACAUAAGUAGAUGAUAGAUGAUACAGAUGGAAAUCACCAUUCUUGGAAAUCACCAUUUUGAGAAUUGUUUAGUAGUGAUUUAUUUUAAUAACACCAUUGUGAGAAUUGUUUAGUAGUGAUAUAUUAAUAACACCAUUUUUACCUACCUUCUUGGAAAUUACCAUUUUAAACUCAACUCAUCUCGAUCUAAUACAUUUUAUCCAAGCACCAAGAACUACAUUAGUUUUUGAACUGGUUGUGGUGACCAUUGAGUGUAGAACACCAUUUAUUGUACAUUGGAUAGUUUUUUAUUUUGUUGUACACUGGUUAGUUUUUUCAUUUUUUUGUAGAACACCAUUGACUGUUUUUUUUAUUACCACUGGUUAGUUUUUUAUUUUGUUGUACACGAGUGAUCCUCCUGUUGUUAUCAUAGCAGCCACAAACCUGGGGUGAUUCUCCUGUUAAAAUUAGAAUUGGGUUAUUCGGUGUCGAUUAAAAUUAGAAUUUUCUUUGAUUAGAAUUAGAAUUCUAAAAUUAAAAUUAGAAUUAUUUGAUUCAAUUUCAGUUUUUCUGUUAUUGGGUUUUGUGAAUUUUCUUUUUGUUUCAGUGGCUUCAAGGUUCUGAUAAUUGAUCUGUUUUUUUCUGAUGUUGCUCUCCAGUUCUCCAGUCCUCAAUUUUUGCAUCUCGAACUUUGCUCGCAAGGUGGAUGAAGACUACAAGCGAAUGGGUGGUGCAAAGGAGGUUGUCAUUUCUGCCCCAAGUAAGGAUGCUCCCAUGUUUGUUAUGGGUGUCAAUGAGAAGGACUACAAGCUAGAUAUUGAUAUUGUUUCCAAUGCUAUCAACAAACCAUUAACAUUAUCAAUAUCUAGCAUUGGAAACAUUAUUAUACCCAGUGUGGAGGAAUUUAAGGAUGAGGAGAUGGUUGAUGUGAAGUCAUUACACAUUCGAAACUUUCUCUGAAGUUGAGUUUGUUGGUUAGUGCUUUGCUUUGCAUUUAACAAUUGUUAGGAUACUCACAUCCAUCAAUUGUUUCUCUAUCUUCUUUGAUUGAAAUUCAUUGAUUACCUAGGGACCUGUCUUAAAAAGAGAUGUAAUCCUAGAUUUAAUAGUAAACCACUUGAUUAUCUUUUCGUCUAUUGUUAUUGGUCGGUUUCCAAACAAAAGAAAUUUAAAAACUAUGCCAAUAUACUGUAAGAAUGUGAUGGAUUGCAGCCCUCUAAAUCUCUGUUCUCAAAUUUUCACAAAAUCUUAAAAAAAGGUAAAUUAUAAAUAUGCCCCUGAUGUUUGUAAAAUAUUCUCACUCUCUCUAUGGGAGCUUGCAUUUUAAGAUUAGUAUCCAGAGUUUGGUAAUGAGGUGCGGUGUUGCCUUUAAGUCAAACUUGGUUCUAGAUUAUGACACAAUGCAAUUAUACAAUUGGAUUUGUUGAUUGGGAUUUUAUUUUAUUUAUUUAUUUUUAUUUUUUGUCAGUCAAACUUGGUUCUUAUGUAGUUAUAAUUUGAUUAGCAACAGUAGCACUAACUGGUGUGCAUUUAAGUUUUAAUUUCUUUUAAAUUGCAGAGCACUGGCUAUCGUGCAUUAUUUGAUAUUUUAAUUUUUUUUUAUAUUUGAUUUGUUUGGAAUUGUAGAGUACAAUCUGUUAAAUAUAUUUUUAUA